AACAUUUCUCUCUCUUCAAUGUCUCUCCACAAUUCCAUCACUGGUGCUCACAAAUCCAGGAGACCGUCUAGGCCAGCCCAGCUUCGAGAGCAUACUCGUAAAUCUUUCUACGACGAUUCUUCGAUUCAAAACGUCAAAGCAAAGAAGCAAGAUGGUACAGGCGUCCAGCGACUUUAUGUUGGUGUUGCUGUCCAGGAUGCUCCAAACAAAGCUCUCGUUAUAAGCGCUGCUUUCCACGAUGGAACUUACGGUGCCGACUCUGAGACCCUCACCAUCGAUGCUAUUCCUGAUGAAGAGCGCGAAGAAAAACUUUGCGAACUCAUCAUCAAAAAGCUGAAAGCAUACCGAAGGGAGCGUCUGUAUAAAUUUGUCGGCGCUGGGGUCAAUGCGCGCGCUUAUCAGUACAGUCCACACCUUCUCUCCCAGCUGUGGAAACGUCUGGACAUCGUACCCUGCGUGUACGACAAUCAACCCCAAUCAAUGACACCCGGCGCAUUCAAGCGCCCCGAAGAUGUUUCUGUGGACGAGGAGGCCGACCAACUCGCACGCAAGGCUUUCAAAAACUUCAAUCCGACUGGUGAACCCCAUCUGCAAAUCGGACACAGGAACAGGGUCAAGGUCGACUCGGGUGGCGAGGCCAUCAUUUGCCAUGCCGAUGAAUAUCCGGGAACAGUCAAGGAACGAACAUGGCAGGCUACCAUCAGGUAUGCUCAGUCACUGAGGGACGGUAAUAUCAAGAUAGCCUUCUUCAACUCCACACCACAGGGCGGGGGUGUAGCUCUGAUGCGGCACGCCCUGAUUCGAUUCUUACAUACGUUGGAUGUGGAUGCCAAUUGGUAUGUUCCGAACCCUAAACCGGCCGUGUUUCGCAUUACGAAGAACAAUCACAACAUCCUUCAAGGAGUAGCGGAGCCUGAUUUGCGCAUCAAUGCAUCGAAUAUCUAUGAUUUGGAUGAGUGGUGUACUAAGAAUGCGAGCCGCUUCUGGACAUCUCAAAACUGUCCUCUUGGUCCACGUUCGGAGGGUGGUUCAGACGUCAUUAUUGUAGAUGAUCCUCAAAUGCCUGGAUUGGUUAAAAUCGCCAAAGCCCAAGAUCCCAGCCGCCCAGUCAUCUUUCGUUCACAUAUUCAGGUUCGUGCUGAUCUCGCGAACAAGCCUGGCACACCAACGGCUGAAGUUUGGGAUUGGAUCUGGGAGAAUGUCAAGGACGCCGAUCUCUUCAUCAGCCAUCCUGUUCCCGAUUUUGUCCCUGCAAACGUGACACCACACAAAGUGGGCUAUAUGCCUGCUACCACAGACUGGCUCGAUGGCUUGAACAAAGACCUCAGCGACUGGGACUUGCAGUUCUUUCAGCACGAAUUCAAUGCGGAAUGCCUGAAAGCUGGCAUGUACAAGCUUGAUUAUCCCGCUCGCAAAUAUAUUGUCCAAAUCGCGAGAUUUGAUCCAGCAAAGGGCAUCGCUGAUGUGCUGGCUUCUUACGCCGAGCUCAGAAGAGUACACAUGAAGGACUGGAAGAAAGAGGAUAGCCCGCAGCUUGUGGUGGCCGGACACGGUGCAAUCGAUGACCCUGAUGCAACCCACAUCCACCGAGAGACUCUCGAGGCGCUCAGCUCGCAGUAUGCAGACAUCAAAGACGAUGUCAUUGUCAUGCGUCUCGGACCAUCUGACCAACUUCUCAACUUUCUCAUGUCAAGUGCCCACGUAGCCCUCCAGCUCUCCACCCGCGAAGGGUUCGAGGUCAAGGUUUCUGAGGCGUUGCACAAGGGCGUGCCAAUUAUCGCCACGCGCCGUGGAGGCAUUCCUUUGCAGGUGGAGAAGGGUAAGUCUGGGUUUCUAGUCGAGGCAGGCGAUUACAAGUCUGUUGCUCGGCAUCUGUUUGAGCUCUUCACCAACGAAGAGUCGUACGCGGCCAUGGCCGACUAUGCAAAGACACAUGUAAGCGAUGAAGUAUCAACCGUGGGCAACGCGCUCUGCUGGCUGUACAUGGCCGAUAGACUGGCCAAAGGGGAAUCACUCGGACCAGAGUCGCGGUGGAUCAACGACAUGGCUCGAGAAACGGCGGGGUUACCAUAUCUGGAAGACGAGACCAAGCUUCCUCGUGUUCUGGAAUGA